UUUAAUCCAACCGAUGUGAUUUGUUUUUGCGAUCGUUAGUUAUGAGUACCGCUAGCACUAAAGAUCGAAUAAAUUCCUUGCAGUCGACACGAUCAUUUUCUGCAUCAACAAAACUUAAAACAAUGAAAUCAAUGAAAUUAAUACAAAAAUCAUCAUCAAUUAAUAAUAAAAAAUCAAGUAAAGAUCAACAACUAAAUUUAAAUGAUGCUCAACGUUUUGUAAAAUUAAGACCUGAAAAUGGUCUUAUGGGAUCAUCGGGUAAAUAUGAUUGCUGUGCAUUCGUCAUACAUUGUCCCGUACACAAUCGAAUCCUAAUCAAUCAUCAAGAUCAUGUGGUAUGGAUGCCAUUCAUAUCGUUGUUACAUAAUCUUGGUUGGGAAGAUAAUGCUAUUCUUGGCUUUAUCAUUAUUAUUUCUGGUGGUGAUCCGGAUCGUGUAAAUACAUUCAAAGAACAUCCACCUUAUGAACAUUUUAUGUGUAUGCAAGUGUUACGAUUACAGAUGCCACGAACUAUGCGAUUUAUUACUCGGCUAAUCUAUUAUUUCAGAAUAAAGUGCAGUAGUAGUGGCCAUAGCUAUUCACAAUUUCAAUGUGGUCAAAAUACUGAUAAUCUUGAAUGGGUAUCGGUUAAUGAAAUCACUAAAUACCACAAUUUUUGGGGACCAGAAUUGUUGGAAUUUGUAAACAAUCUGAAUGCAAUAAAAGAAACAAGAAUAACGGAAUAUAGCAUGGAAGAGGUAUUUCUUUAUGUUCCACGUGAUCCUCCGCGUAAUCUUGAGGAAGAGAUGCUUAAGCCGAUUCAUAUAACGGAAAAAGAUGUGGAACGUUUGUAUGAAGAUUUUCUUGUACAUUGUUAUCCAAGUUUUGCCAUGUCGAUUGAAUCAUUCAAAUGCUAUAUGAAAAAACGUGAAUUUGAAAAAAAUGAUUCACGUCUGGUGCGAUUUUUUCGUGGAUUCAACUAUACAAAAUCUAAUUUUAUAUCAUUCCAUGAAUUACUUCUUGGUCUUGCUUGUAUGGAACCGACAAUACAGCACGGAAAAUUUCGUGUUAAAUUCAUUUAUCGUUUUUUCAGCGAUGAUUCAGGAAUCAUGAACAGAGAAUGUUUGCGAAGAGCUUUGCUUGAAAUUAAUUCUGAUCCUAAUACAAUUGAUACACGAAUUAAACAGGCAAUGACCUGUAUGAAUGUUAAAGAAGCGAGUAAUGGCGAUUUUAUCAUUACGGAAAGAGAUUUUGUUUCGGCCAUUGGUAAUCUUCGAUUCCGUGGUACAUCGGUACUAUGUCGUUAUCAAAAAGGUAUUUUCAGUCAAAUAUCAAGAGCAUUGGUGGCCAAAGGUCUUCGCCGUGCGGAAAAAGCUUUGAGCAACGUAUUAAUCAAACGUCGAUAUUCAGGAUUGUGCAAACCAUGUAAAGAUAAAAAAUACGACCUUGCAACUCAUUCUGUAAAAUUUGAUUCACAUGGAAAUCUUAAAAUCAAACGUAUAAUCAGCAAAUAUCAGGAAGAUUCAGCCAUCAGUCAAAACAAUCAUCGUAAAGAACAUCUAACAGCACAGCAAUAUUCGAUAGAAACAGUAUUCAAUCGAAAUUCAGCAGCCAACAUUAUCAUCAAUUUGGUAAGAGAUUUUAGCAACAAUAAAGGUACGGUUCGAAAUCCAAACGGUUUAAUGCAAGAUCGAAAAGAAGAUCUAUGGAAAUUAUUAUUGUCGAUCAAUGGUGAACUUGAAUUAUUGCUAAAAAAUGAAUAUAAAUGCCAUAAGAUCUAUUCACCCUGUUUCAUAAUGGGUGACAUACAUGGCAAUAUUGAAGAUUUAUUUUCAUUGGAAAAAGCCCUAUGGAAACAGAUACCAUGCAUUGGAGCCAAUUAUCUUUUUCUUGGUGAUUAUGUUGAUCGUGGUCAAUGGGGAUUCGAAUGUGCUAUGUAUUUGUUUGCAUUCAAAAUUCUAUGCCCAAAUAAAGUAACAUUGUUGCGUGGCAAUCAUGAAGUUCGGCUUAUUCAAUCAAAUUAUACAUACAAACGAGAAUGUAUUAAUAAAUAUGGCGAUAUUUUUGGACUAAAAAUUUGGGAACUAACGAAUCGAAUAUUUGAUAAAUUACCGGUUUGUGCAUUAGUGGAUGAUUGUAUUUUCUGUGCACAUGGAGGUUUACCAAGAAGCGCAACGGAAAUCGAACAAUUGAUCAAAAUCAAACAGGAAUUAAAAGAUCCGGAACGUGAAUCAAGAGCUGCUUGGGAAAUACUAUGGUCUGAUCCAUGCCAUAUGCAACAAUAUCUUGAAGUUGCUGACCUUCUCAAUCUAAAUCCGGAUAAUUUGAAUGGUUUCAUCAAGAACACUAAACGUGGUACAGCAUUUUUAUUUAAUGAAAAUGGUGCGACAAAUUUUCUAAGGAAAAAUGGCCUAACACAUAUAAUACGUGCACAUGAAGUUCCACCUAAUGGAUAUACAUUUCAUUUUGGAAAUAAAUGUGUCACCAUAUUUUCCUGUUCCCAUUAUUGCGGCAAUGAUAAUGAUUGUGCUUGUAUAUUGGCAGAUACGCAAAAAUUACGCGUCAUUCAAUUGGAUACUGUCAAUAAUUCUUCAGCUACUGAUUAAUGAA